AGGCUGGCUAGCGCUUCAAUAUUCUAUCGAUGGAUGCGACCAAGAAGCGUGUGGCCAUCGUCGGCGCCGGCGCCAGCGGCCUGACGGCGUGCAAGCACGCGCUGGCGAAGGGCUUCCGGCCGGUGGUCUUCGAGGCCGCCGGCGACGGCGUCGGCGGCGUGUGGAGGCGCACGCUGGCGUCGACGAGGCUGCAGACGCCGGCGUUCGCCUACCGGUUCUCCGACUUCCCGUGGCCGGCGGACGUGUCGGGCGCCGAGGUGUUCCCGCGGCACGACCAGGUGGUCGAAUACCUCGCCGCCUACGCGCGGCGCCACGGCGUGACGGAGUGCGUCCGGUUCGGCUGCAAGGUGCUCGCCGCCGAGUACGCCGGGGUGCCCGAUGAGGAGGCGGCGGCGUGGGAGCGGUGGUCGGGGAAUGGCGAGGCCUUCGGCGACGGCUCCGGCGAGUGGCUUCUCACGGUGCAGCACCCUGGAUCCGAAGCUACCCAGAUACACAGGGUCGAUUUCCUGAUACUCUGCACUGGGAGAUUCAGUGGAGUUGCCCACACCCCAACAUUUCCACCCAACCGAGGCCCCGAAGUGUUCCACGGCCAAGUGCUUCACUCCAUGGACUACUCCAACAUGGGCCACGCCGCCGCCGACGAGCUGAUCAGAGGCAAGCGCGUCGCCGUCGUCGGCUCCGGCAAGUCGGCCUUCGACACGGUGGCGGAGUGCGCCGCUGCAAACGGUGGCAGGUAUCCGUGCGCCAUGAUCUGCCGGAGCGGGCGGUGGAUGGUGAACGGCGGGUUCGUGUGGGGCGUCAGCCUUGGACACCUCUUCUGCAACCGGCUGGCCGAGCUCACCGUUCACAAGCCCGGCGAGGGGCUUGCAUUGGCCCUCCUCGCAAUUCUGCUCACCCCUUUGAGAUGGCUGCUGUCGAAGCUGGCAGAGACCUACUUCAAGAUGCAGAUCCCGAUGGAGAAGCACGGGAUGGUGCCGGAGGAGAGCUUCGCGGGAUCAAUGUCGGGCUGCCGGCUCGGAGUCCUCCCCGACAAGUUCUACGACAGGGUGGAGGAAGGCAGCAUCCUGAUCAAGAGGGCAAGAUCUUUCAGCUUCUGCACGGACGGCUUGGUGCUCGACGACGACGACACCGGCGAGCGCGUCGACGCCGACGUCGUCGUGCUCGCCACCGGCUUCCGUGGCGACCAGAAGCUCACGGACAUGUUCGUCUCGGCGACGUUCAAGCAGCAGAUAGUAGCAGCUCCUCUGUACAGGCAGUGCGUGCACCCGCGGAUCCCGCAGAUGGCGGUGAUCGGGUACACCGAGAACCUGACGAGCAUCUACACCUUCGAGAUGAUGGCCAAGUGGGUGGCGCACCUCCUCGCCGGCGCGUUCCGGCUGCCGAGCGUCGUGCGGAUGGAGGCGAGCGCGGCGGAGUGGGACGAACACCUGGCGAUGAGGAGGCACGGCGAGGGCGGCGGCGGCAAGCCGUGCCUCGGCGGCGUUAGCACGUGGUACAACGACGAGAUGUGCCGGGACAUGGGGUACGAGCCGAGGAGGAAGAAAGGGAUUCUUGCAGCUACGCUGGUAUCCUCUGAAGUCUGAACUCAAGUGAAACUGAUCAGUGAUCGAUCGAUCACUGAUGUGUUGAUCACGAGUAUACGAUAAAAAAGAACAUGAACUUUGGAAUUGUUGGGCUUUCAGAAAGGGGAAAAUAAGUUGGGCUGCGAUAUGAAGAGGAAAAUAAGUCGAGGAAAUAAGCGUUGUUCCAAAACUUUGUUGCAUCGCCCAUCGUUCUUCUGCAAAACAUUGUUCGUGUAUAUCUAUUUCCGUCUGGCUAAAAUCUAACAGAGAGCACGAUACCUUUUCGAGAUAUACAUGUGUGAUGUGUCUGAAAAAAACAAGAGUAUAUGGCCUCAUUUGAUUUAAAGGAAAUUCAUAAAAAUUUUAGAGAA